AUGACGGCUCCUGAGCUUUUCGAAGGUUAUGAGUUCAUCAAGGAUAGAAACAUUGGCUAUUCCCGGUACGGUGACGGACCAAACUACAUACUUUGCGUUUGUGGCGCGGUCGGUAGGUUUUCGACAGUCAGACUCAGAAACCAUGCCAUUUCAGGAUGCUACAAAAAAGAUUGGCCUCUUUCCUUGCUCAAGUGUUUUCCUCCUGAUUUCGUUACGAUUGUUUGUAUCGAUCCGCCUGGCUACGGAACCUCGAGGCCGCCUGAUCGCAUUCAGGAAGUUAACCGCUGCAAAAUGGAUGCCGAAUACUGUCUUCUUCUUAUGAAGGUUCCAAUCUCGUAAGAAACGGAAAAAAGUUUUGUUAUAAAAAAAGUCAGAUCUUUUGAAAUUUCCUUACAAAAAACAUUGGAAAUUAUUAUUUUUGCCUUUUCGAAAAAACUGAAACUUUGGCUAAGCUGCUUACAAAUUUUUUAAAAGUAAAAACAGUUUUGAUGAGUGUCUUCCUCGCCCAACUUUGAAAUUUUUGGCGUUUUCAGACUUUACAAUUUGAGCCAUUCACAAUCGUUGGUUGGUCGGAAGGAGCUCGGACGGCGAUUCAUGUCGCUGGUCAAGGAAAACAAGCGGUCAUCUUAUCAAAACUUCAUAAGAAAUAGACAAGCUUUUUUUUUCAAACGUUGAAAACUUCAGGUCAAUCGGAUGGUCCUUGUUGCAGGCGGCUCGAAAGUUAACAAACUGGGAGCAAUGGCUUUUCAAGGUUCGAAUAUAUAGUUUCAUAAACGAGCCGAGAAAGAGUAUCGCGAUACCCUCGGAGGUAUAUCGCAGGGCUGAAGUCUAUCGAUGUUACCUCGAGUAAACCUCAUAGGACUUCAAGCAAAAUGAGAUAGACAUGAGGGAGACUCUCAAGUACCUUCGAGAUGUCUCAGAUAGAGCUAAAAGGUAUGCCGGAGGUCUCAUGAUGGACACAUUAUGGAGUCUUCACGAUCCAUUUUGAGAGGUAUCUUUGUGGACACAUUAUGCUACCCUCCCGAUGCCUGUGUUGCAGUGCCAACAGUUUGAACCUCUUUCACAGCGUCGCAUCAAACAAAAUUUCAAAAAUUGAGUUGUAAUUUCCCCAUUCGGACGAUAAUCAAGAUCAUUACGCGAGAUUUGACUUUCAAAAACGAAUCAAACUGCUAACAUUUGAAAAAGAAACAAAAAAAAUAAACCCGAUUCCGCGAUCUUAACGAUUUUCGUAAUAUUAAUAGCAGCGAAAGGCAACUUAUAAAAGCUACGAGAAGAAGAGCUGUUUUUGAAUGAUGAUGUUCCCGAGAUAAAACGAGCAAAUAAACAUUUUAAGCGGUACACAUUAUUCUGUCUCAAAUAAUGUAAAGUUGCGCAAUCAAUAAUUAUUGACUAAGAAAACCCCAAAACUUGUUGUGUGAAAGAGUUGUCUAAUACUAUCAAAAAAAGGCUUCUGGGGAAGUUUUUGGCUUCAUAUAGAACGUAUAGUGUUCAGACUUGCAUUCAUUUUUUUUUUUGCAAAAUUACAUUAUUCUGUGUUGGUUCAAGUUGAUAGUUGUCUCGAAGACAUUGGAAAAAUGAUUUUACUGAUCUUCGUUUCCGCAAGAAGUAGCUUUUCUUCGAUAACUCGCUUCUUUUCCUGACAGGAAUGCGCGAUACGGACCAUUGGCUGCCCCAGGCGAGAAGUCCUUACCUGACCCAUUACAGCAACGAGUAUCUAAAAAUCCAAUGGGCGGCUCUUUGCAACGUCGUCGACCAGUGAGUCUCAAUAGUUCUCCUUAGAAUCUCUCUUUCUCUCAGAGUUUAUCAAUUCUGUGGCGGCCGGUUCCCAUGUGAUUACGUAUUGCCAUCGAUCAAGUGCCCUUCUUUGGUCAUCAACGGCGGAAUGGACAGGUUCUGCGGAGACCCCAGGACCAACUUUCAGCCUGUUCUCAAAGACCUUAGGUCAGUCUCACUUCUAGUUCAGCCGAGAAAAAGAUGAUUCCUAGAAUUGAAGUGCACGCUCAAGGCGGACACGACUUCCACAUCAAAUACCCCAAAUGGUUCUCUACACAACUCAUAGAUUUCAUCAAAAAAACUUGA